AUGGCACAUCAUGGCAAAGAACUCUCUGAGUAUCUGAAAAAAAGAAUUGCUGCUCUACAUAAACAUGGUCGAGGCUAUAAGAAGAUUGCCAAGACCCUGAAACUAAGCUGCAGCACGGUGGGCAAGACCAUACAGCGCUUUCACACGACAGGUUCCUCUCAGAACAGGCCUCGACAUUGUGGACCAAAGAAGCUGAGUGCACGUGCUCAGCAUCAUAUCCAGAGUUUGUCUUUAGGAAAUAGACAUAUGAGUGCUGCCAGCAAUGCUGCAGAGGUUGAAGGG